AUGGAUCCUCAGGCCUUCAUUAGGUUGUCAAUAGGUUCUCUGGGGUUGCGAUGCACUGGAAUUGAACUGCACACUGGAAAAUCUGGAAUUCAAACACUCUCACUACCUUGUGUUUGUGAGAUUCGGCUUCGAGGUUUCCCUGUUCAAACAUCUUCAGUCCCUGUGAUAUCCUCUGCAGAAGUUACACCUGACACUCAGAACAUUGCCUCUAGCUUUUACCUUGAGGAAUCUGAUUUAAAAGCAUUAUUAGCUCCUGGCUGCUUCUCCAAAACUCAUGGUUGUUUGGAGAUUGUUGUGUUCUCAGGGAGGAAGGGGUCCCAUUGUGGAGUUGGCAUCAAAAGGCAGCAAAUUGGGAUCUUUAAAUUGCAUGUCGGCCCCGAGUGGGGUGAAGGAAAGCCAUUGAUUCUUUUUAAUGGGUGGAUUGGUAUUGGCAAGAAUAAACAGGAGAAUGGAAAGCCAGAUGCAGAGCUUCAUUUAAAAGUGAAACUAGACCCUGACCCUAGAUAUGUAUUUCAGUUUGAAGAUAUCACAACAUUGAGUCCUCAGAUAGUUCAACUGCAAGGAUCUAUCAAGCAGCCAAUCUUCAGUUGCAAGUUUAGUAAGGACAGGGUUUCCCAGAUUGACCCGUUGAGCGCAUACUGGUCAGGUUCUACUACCGAGAUUUCUAACUUAGAGAUAGAGAGGAGAGAAAGAAAGGGGUGGAAGGUGACGAUACAUGAUCUCUCUGGCUCGGCUGUCGCAGCAGCCUUCAUAACAACUCCCUUUGUUCCAUCUUCAGGUUGUGAUUGGGUUGCCAGAUCCAACCCGGGCUCUUGGUUGAUUGUUCGUGCUGACACAGGUCGAUCUGAGAGCUGGCAGCCAUGGGGAAAGCUCGAAGCAUGGCGCGAGCGUGGCAUUAGAGACACUGUUUGCUGCAAGUUCCAUCUUCUGUCAGAAGCUCAAAAGGGAGGUGAACUUCUUAUGUCUGAAAUACACAUAAAUGCUGAAAAGGGUGGAGAGUUUUUCAUAGACACUGAGAAACAUCUGAGAACUGCAACCACAGCAGCAAGUCCAAUACCAAGUCCACAAAGUAGUGGAGACUUUGGUGCCUUGAGUCCAUUGGUUGGAGGUUUUGUCAUGAGUUGCAGAAUUCAAGGUGAAGGGAAGCGAAGUAAACCGUUAGUCCAACUGGCAAUGCGGCACGUGACAUGCGUGGAGGAUGCUGCCAUCUUCAUGGCACUUGCAGCAGCUGUGGACCUCAGUAUUGAGGCGUGUAAACCUUUCCGGAGGAAGGUGAGGAGAGGUUUCUGGCAUUCUAUGUGA